AAACAUGGGCAACAACAACACCAAUGAUAUAUGUUGAGAAGCAUAAGGUUGUAAGGUGAAAAAGUGGCGUCGAUAAAUCAUGUCUAGACUGUUAGUUCGAAAACUUUGUUCGUAUCGCGGAUGUAUGCCUUACGUGCAUCGCUGUCCACGCCGGACAAUUGUGAAUUCAACUUCAGAGUGGCAAGAUGAUGGAGAAGAGACGAUCAACUGUACUGGAGAGAAUUACCCCGGUCAUGUCCCGACCUCAGUCUUCCAGAAAACAUUGCUAUCUAUCGGGGCAGCGGGCAUGGCCAUUAUUAACCCAGCUAGGGAUGAUAUGAUUGCUGCAUUAGGUGAAACAACUGGAUAUUAUGCUUUACAAAAUAUGCGCAGAAAAAUGCAGGCAGAUGACGUGGGCCGACAGAUUUUGGAGGAGCGACCAAUCAUUAACACACACACCGUAGACAUCAACUACCUGGGCACCUUACCCGACGACACAUUUGGGAAGGCUUACUGGAGGUUCCUUGAUGACCAUGGUUUUAGUCCAGAUGCAAGAGCUCCUGUUCGAUUUGUUGACGACCCAGAACUUAUGUACAUCAUGUUAAGGUACAGACAAUGUCACGACAUGUUCCACACUGUCACAGGAAUGCCGCCUAACAUGUUGGGUGAAGUGGUUGUGAAGUGGAUAGAGGCCAUACAGACGGGGCUACCGAUGUGUGUGAUGGGAGCCCUAAUGGGGCCCGUUAGAUUUGGCCCAAGAUGGCAGAGGAAGUACCUGCAGACGUAUCUGCCGUGGGCUAUCAAAUGUGGCAGUAGCGCCAAAUUCCUGAUGGCUGUGUACUAUGAGAAGCAUUGGGAACAAAACCUAGAGGACUUGCGCCGAGAGCUGGACAUAAUACCACUUCCGGUAACAGGCAGUCCGCGAAUGAAGGACAGCUCCUGACAAAGUAUCAUACACCGAGAUCUAAAAGUCACACCACAGGGGAAACGCAGAUGGAGGACAGCUUCUGGUGAAGAGACAUGCACCGAACAGGACACGGGUGAAGGGCAGCCCUGAUAAAGAGACUUAAAGGGAAACAAGUUUAGAACUCUUUACACGCCCUGCGGGCGAAUAAAUGUGUGUCAUACGUGAGAAAUUUCCUCAGUGACUUGCAUGAGUGCACAGCAGUUGAGUGAAAACUAAAUGAAUCAGGAUUAACUUUGAAGACCAGGGGACGAUUUCAUAAAGUGAAUUCUGACUGAAGUUAGAAUUUGAAAUGCUAUCUGAAAUCAGAUUUCAGAAAUUAAAAGUUUGUCCACCUCAUCAGUGUUGUCUUAAGACAAAUGCAUGCAAGUUUCAUUUUCCAGUAGCAAAAACUAAGCAUUAUGAUGCAAUUUUAAAUUUUGACUUAUGUGGAAUCCGUCCCAGAUAUUCCGUUAUCUGCCGUUCCCAAGCUGCAAAAUAUGCCUAAGUGUGUGUAACCCUAAGCUAAGUAUACCCGAGAGGCUAAGACGGAAUUCGACUCCACUGGUCGUACGGAGUUGGUGUAGUGGCUGAUGACCGUACGACUUUAGAUUGGAUCGAUAUAACGGCUCCACGUAACAAUUGGAUAUACAACCCCAGUUGAGCCUCGUCGCUGUUUCCCAUACACAAGCGGUUACCGCCAUAAACACAGCGGCCAUGUUGAUUUCUUGGGUCUUAAU